AUGUCUGGGCGAGGGAAGCAGGGCGGCAAGGCUCGCGCCAAGGCCAAGUCCAGGUCUUUUAAGGCCGGGCUGCAGUUCCCGGUGGGUCGCGUCCACCGCCUGCUCCGCAAGGGCAACUACGCGGAGCGGGUGGGGGCCGGCGCGCCGGUGUACCUGGCGGCCGUGCUGGAGUACCUGACGGCCGAGAUCCUGGAGCUGGCGGGCAACGCGGCCCGUGACAACAAGAAGACGCGCAUCAUCCCGCGCCACCUGCAGCUGGCCAUCCGCAACGACGAGGAGCUCAACAAGCUGCUGGGUCGCGUCACCAUCGCGCAGGGCGGCGUCCUGCCCAACAUCCAGGCCGUGCUGCUGCCCAAGAAGACCGAGAGCCACCGCCACAAAGCCCAGAACAAAUAAUUUCCAAGCCGUGAAUCCUAGCGAGUGUGACCUGAACCGU